AGUUCAUGAUCAUGGCAAGCAAGUCCUUGUUCAUUGUUGCCAUUGAUUUUGGCACGUCUUACAGUGGCUACUGCUUUUCUCUUGCGACACACACGGAUCAAAUCCGGCAGAUGUUCUGGGGACAGGCGCACGGGCUCAUGACUGUGAAGACCCCAACGUGCAUCCUCUUCAAUGAAAAGCGUGAGUUUAAGAAGUUUGGCUAUGAUGCCGUCAUGAAGUACAACACGCUCCCCUCCAGUGAAGCUCACAAAUGGUACUACUUCCACAACUUCAAGAUGAAGCUGUACAACAAGAAAAUCACUUCCAACAUGGAACUGGAAGCAGAUAAUGGAAAGAAGUUUCCAGCCCUAAAAGUAUUCUCAGAAAGUUUGCGGUACAUGAAGGAUCAUGCUCUGAAUACCAUACGGGACGCCUCAUACCAAACUGUCUAUGACACUGAGGAUGUCACCUGGGUCAUUACUGUUCCAGCCAUAUGGGAUGCUUCUGCCAGGCAGUUCAUGCGACUGGCCGCUAAAGAGGCAGGACUCAUCAGUGACAUGUUUUCUGAGAAGCUCAUCAUUGCCUUAGAACCAGAGGCUGCCUCAGUCUGGUGCAAGCAGCUCCCACGAGAAGGGUUUGUAUCAGAGAGUGGUGAUAGACAAAAGUUUGAAGAGUCACCUGGGACCCAGUAUGUCGUCGUUGAUUGUGGAGGUGGUACCAUAGACAUCACAGUACAUGAAAUCCAAAAGAACCAAUCCCUGAAAGAGUUACAUAAGGCAUCAGGAGGAGGAUGGGGAGGCAACACAGUGGAUGAAAACUUCAAAAUGUUCCUGAAGGAGAUCUUCCAAGAUGGAGUAUGGGAGGAAUAUGCACAGAAUCACCCAACGGAAUGCCAUCAAAUGAUGUACAACUUUGGCCUUCAGAAAUGCUCUUCCAGCAGAGACGAGGUCUACAUACAUUGCUACCACAACCUAACAAAAGUGGCAGAACGCAAGCAAAAAGACAUCUCCCUCUUCUUCAAGGGUGUGGAGGGAGCUCUGUGGUGCAAUGGGACUAUCAUGAUUACACAUGAAAAAAUUAAGAGCUUUUUUGCCUACAGUGUCAGACAAACCAUUGGCACCUUGCAGGAAAUCCUCAGCAAGCCUGAGAUGGCCGAAGUCCAAUAUAUUUUACUGGUUGGGGGCUUUGCUUCCAGCAUUAUCCUGAGGGAGGAGAUCUAUCAGACCUUUAGGGAGAGGUACCAUAUCCUGUGUCCACUGGAAGCUCAGGCAGCUAUUGCAAAGGGAGCCAUUUUAUUUGGGAACAAUUCACAAAUUGUUGCCUCGAGAAUCAGUGCUCUGACAUAUGGAGUAAAGGUAUCUCGGGCAUUUGAUAUUGCUGUCCAUGAUAUACAGAAAAAGAGAGUCUCAAAAGCUGAUAAUUAUGUAUAUUGCACAGAUCUCUUCAAUAAGUUGGUGGAAAUUGGGGAUUUGGUAGAGGUAGAUGAGGUUGCCAGUUAUACUUUCACUCCCAUAGAACCAGAUCAGACAAGUGUGAUUUUUAGUUUCUAUUGCACAGAAAAGAAGGAUGCAAAGUACGUAGAUGAGGAAGGGCUGAAAAUGCUCGGCUCCUGUACUGUGCCAACGCCAAACACAGAGCUGGGGAGAAACCGCCAACUGAGACUGGAUAUUAAAUUUGGACUAACGGAAUUUAAAGCCACAGGUACUGAUGUCACGUCUGGUGAAAGUCGGACGGUUAUGAUAGAUUUUUUAACAGUGUAA